AUGCUCGGAAAAAUCGCCCUCGAAGAAGCCUUUGCCCUGCCUCGUUUUGAAGAAAAGACUCGCUGGUGGGCUAGUCUUUUCUCCACCGACGCAGAGCAACAUGUACGAGAAAUCACGGAUAUCGACACGCUCCGGAUCGAAUACGCCGAUAAGCACGGCGUUGGCUAUCAGAUCCUUUCGUACACGGCCCCGGGUGUGCAGGAUAUCUGGGACCCGGAGGAGGCGCACGCCUUGGCGGUUGAGAUCAACGAUUACAUCGCUGAGCGUGUUAGCAAGGCUCCGGAUAGGUUGGGGGCGUUUGCGACGCUGUCCAUGCACGAUCCCACCCGAGCCGCUUCUGAACUCCGUCGCUGUGUGGAGACAUACGACUUUAAAGGCGCCCUCGUAAAUGACACCCAGCGCGCCGGCCCAGACGGUGACGACCUGAUCUUCUACGACAACCCAUCCUGGGACGUCUUCUGGCAGACCUGCACCGACCUCGACGUCCCCCUCUACCUGCACCCGCGCAACCCUACGGGAACCAUCUACGACAAGCUCUGGGCCGACAGGAAGUGGCUGAUCGGCCCGCCGCUCAGCUUCGCGCAGGGCGUCAGCCUACAUGUCCUGGGGAUGGUGACGAACGGGGUCUUCGACAGACACCCCCGUCUGCAGGUGAUCCUGGGCCAUCUGGGUGAGCAUAUCCCGUUUGAUAUGUGGCGGAUUAACCACUGGUUUGAAGAUCGGAAGAAGGUGCUGGGACUGGGGGAGACAUGUAAGAGGACGAUUCGAGAGUAUUUUGCGGAGAAUCUGUGGAUUACGACGUCGGGGCAUUUCUCGACGACGACGUUGAACUUUUGUAUGGCGGAGGUUGGGGCGGAUCGGGUUUUGUUCUCGAUUGAUUACCCAUUUGAGAGGUUUGAGGAUGGGUGUGAAUGGUUUGAUGGGGCGGAGUUAAACGAGGUUGAUCGAGUGAAGAUUGGAAGGGAAAAUGGAAAGAAGCUGUUUAAGCUGGGGGAAUAUAAGGAUUCGAGUGCUUAA